AUGGAAAGUGAGUGUACAACAAUUAUCUCAACCCCUCCUGAGGGGAUUAUUGAAGGGAAUCAGAAAUCGCGUCACGGAAGGACUAGUGGCCCUGCAAGACGUUCAACUCGAGGUCAAUGGACAGCAGAAGAGGAUGAGGUUUUGAGAAAAGCUGUCCAUAAUUUUAAAGGGAAAAACUGGAAGAAGAUAGCUGAAUAUUUCAAGGACCGAACUGAUGUCCAGUGCCUCCACAGGUGGCAGAAGGUCCUUAACCCGGAACUUGUUAAAGGGCCGUGGACAAAGGAGGAAGAUGAAAUGAUCAUUCAGUUAAUCCAAAAAUAUGGGCCGACGAAGUGGUCAACUAUUGCCCGAUUUUUACCUGGCCGUAUUGGAAAGCAAUGUAGAGAGAGGUGGCACAAUCACCUCAAUCCUGCCAUAAACAAGGAGGCUUGGACUCAAGAAGAAGAGCUGGUUCUGAUUCGUGCUCAUCAAAUAUACGGUAAUAGAUGGGCAGAGUUAACAAAGUUCUUGCCUGGAAGGUCGGAUAAUGGAAUAAAAAAUCACUGGCACAGUUCGGUUAAGAAGAAACUCGAUUCCUACAUGGCGUCUGGCCUUUUGGAUCAGUACCAAGCCAUGCCUCUAGCUCCUUAUGAGAGAAGCUCCACGUUACAGUCUGCUUUUAUGCAGGGAACUAUUGAUGAAAACGACUGCCUAAGUGCACAGGUAGAGAAAGAAAUAGAAAACCGUCAGAAUGCAAGCAUGGUUGGCUGCUCACUAUCUGCAAGAGAUUAUCCAAAUGGAGUAAUAAACAUGGGGCAACAUUUUUACCCCUGUGAAAACUCUAACGAGAAUGAGCAAGCUGUGUAUCAUCCAGAUCAAUACUUCUAUCCGGAAUUGGAAGAUAUCUCAGUCUCUAUCUCAGAAGUCUCUUAUGACAUGGAGGACUGUUCACAGUUUCCUGAUCAUAAUGUCUCGGCUUCUUCGAGCCAGGAUUACCAUUUUGAUUUUCAGGAUCUAUCGGAUAUUUCACUGGAGAUGAGACACAAUAUGUCAAAGGUACAGAUGCCUUACACGAAGGAGAGCAAGGAAUCUACUAUUGGAGCUCCAAACUCCACAGGAAAUACUGAUGUGGCUACUUGCAUCAACCCAGCAAACGUCUUGACAUCUGAAACAGAAUGUUGCAGGAUCCUUUUCCCUGAUCAAGAGAGUGAAGGGCUCAGUGUUUCUACAUCCUUGACCCAAGAGCCAAACAAGGUUGACCAGGCAGACCCUCGAGAUCCUAUGUUCUGUGCAUCAGCUUCAGACAGACAGAUAUCAGAAGCUACAAAAUCUCCUAUACAGAGCUCUUCUUGGAGCUUCAUUGCAACGGCCGCCUCAGGUAAAGAAACUCUUCGCCCAGCUCCCUUAAUCAUAUCACCCGAUAAGUACGCCAAGAAGUCAUCUGGAUUGAUAUGUCAUCCUUUUGAGGCAACACCAAAGUGCACAACAAAUGCAAAUGGUAACUUCAUAUGCAUUGAUGAUCCAUCAAGCUCCACUUGUGUUGAUGAAGGAGCUAAUAACUCAAGCGAAGAAGAUCAAUCAUAUCAUGUAAAUGACUCCAAGAAGUUGGUUGCUGUGAAUGAUUUUGCUUCUCUGGCAGAAGUUAAGCCACAGUCUCUUCCUAAGCAUGAGCCAAACAUGACUAACGAGCAGCAUCAUGAGGAUAUGGGAGCAGCGUCAAGUCUUUGUUUUCCAAGCUUGGACCUACCUGUUUUCAGCUAUGAUCUUCUGCAAUCGAAAAACGAUCCGCUGCAUGAUUAUAGUCCUCUUGGCAUACGAAAGCUACUGAUGUCCAGCAUGACGUGCAUGAGUCCCCUUCGACUGUGGGAAUCUCCCACUGGAAAAAAGACAUUAGUUGGUACAAAGUCAAUCCUAAGAAAACGGACCCGUGAUCUGCUGACACCGUUAUCCGAGAAAAGAUGUGAUAAAAAGCUUGAAACUGACAUAGCAGCAAGUCUGGCGAAAGAUUUUUCCCGUCUAGAUGUGAUGUUUGAUGAGAGUGAGAAUCAAGAAUCUAUCUUUGGGAAUAGAACUGGUGGCAUUAUUGGAGAAAGUGAAAGCCACUAUCAAAUUUUGAAUGGAGAAGGUAAAGAGACCAUGCAUAUCAGAAAACCACUUGAAAAAGCAAAGCAAACUUGCAAGGAGGCAAAUCUCAGAGAAAAAGAUGCUUCUGAACCAUGUGUUGAAAAUGCUGAAAAUCUCUGUGGUGUUCUUUCUGAGAACAAUACCAACAAGCCAGUUCUGUCUUCUCCUGGUCAAUCAGUAACCAAAGCAGAGAAGGCACAACUUUCAACCCCAAGAAAUCAUUUGCAGAGAACUUUCAUGGCUACAUCUAACAAAGAACAACAUUCUUCUGAAAGUCUUUGUUUAGUCAUCAAUUCGCCUUCCCGAGCGAGAAACACUGAGGGUCAUCUUGUUGAUAACGAGACAAGCAAUGAGAAUUUCAGCAUAUUCUGUGGAACUCCAUUCAGGAGAGGUCUUGAAUCUCCCUCAGCCUGGAAAUCUCCGUUUUACGUAAACUCUCUCUUGCCCAGCCCAAGGUUUGACACAGAGAUAACUAUCGAGGACAUGGGCUACAUUUUCAGCCCUGGGGAGAGAAGCUACGAGAGCGUAGGAGUGAUGACACAGAUGAAUGAGCAUACAAGUGCAUUUGCAGCAUUCACAGAUGCAAUGGAAGUUUCACUUUCACCAAGUAAUGAUAAUACGAUGCAGAAGAAGGAAUUGGAUAAAGAGAAUAAUGAUCCUCUACUGGCGGAGCGUCGAGUGCUGGACUUCAACGAUUGCGAGUCUCCCACCAAAGAAAUAGAACGAGUCUCAUCCUCCUACAACCUCUUGAAGGGAUGA